GGUCCUUGAUUGCCUUGUGAUCCUAGUGCUUGGAUUAGGCCUUCUGUCCUGUGUAAUUAAGGUAGUGAGACCCGACGCGUGGGAAGCCCCGGGGAGUGACGAGCUAGACGGCUAGGCACUUUUGGACUUAGUUUGCAAUGGCUAAUUGCAAAAUAGUCAGCACACCUAUGGUUCCUUGUAAGAAGCUAAAAAGUGAUGAUGGUAUAGCUAAAAUUGAUGUAGGAAUAUACCAGAGUUUAAUUGGGAGAUUGUUAUAUUUAUCAGCAACUAGACCUGAUAUAAUGCAUUCAGUGAGCUUUAUGUCUAGGUUUAUGCAUUCUCCCAGUGAAAUACACUUCAAGGUAGCCAAGAGGAUCUUGAGGUAUGUGAAGGGAAUGACUGAUUUUCGUGUUCUUUAUAUAAGUUCAACAAAUGUGAAACUAAUUGGAUUCAUAGAUAAUGAUUGGGCUGGUUUAGAGGAAGACAUGAAGAACACCUCAGAACGGUGUUUUUCUAUUGGUUCAGGGGUGAUUAGUUGGAGUUCUAAAAAGCAAGACUCAGUUGCCAAGUCAACAGUAGAAGCUGAGUACAUUGCUACUUCUCUUGCUACAGAUCAAGUUGUCUGGUUUAGGAAACCAAUGAAUGAUUUAAAACAACCUCAGAUGCAUCCUACUGAGUUGUUUUGUAAUAAUUUAUCUACUGUUGCAAUUGUUAAGGAUCUUGUUCUUCAUGGUAGCACCAAGCAUAUCAAGAUCAAAUUUCAUUCUAUCAGGAAGGUGGUUAGUGAAGGUGAAGUUCAGGUUUUACAUUGUGAUUUAGAUGACUAGAUUGCUGAUAUAGUCACUAAAGGAUUGCACAAAUUCAGAUUUGAGACACUAAGAGACAAGCUCAAGAUGAGCAGCGUUAGUGUCAAGGACGAGUGAAAACAACCAUGCAAGGAAUGGAUGCUAACAGUGACAUAAAUGCUAUCACAUUAUUUUACAGUUUUUUUUAGCAGUUAUUUUUUUGUUUUAUGAUCAGUUUGUUUCUUUGAAGUAGUGCAAUUAAAUUUUAGUUUUUAUC